CCGUGCCGUGCCGAGCCGAGCUGAGCCGUGCCGAGCCAAAAAGGGGCCGCCAGAGCCGCUCCUGAGUGCCGAGAUGGGGGUGGAGAUCGAGACCAUCUCUCCGGGAGACGGACGGACGUUUCCAAAGAAGGGUCAGACGUGUGUGGUGCACUACACAGGAAUGCUGCAGAAUGGGAAGAAGUUUGAUUCCUCCAGAGACAGAAACAAGCCUUUCAGGUUCAAGAUUGGCAGGCAAGAAGUCAUUAAGGGAUUUGAAGAAGGUGUUACACAGAUGAGCUUAGGACAAAGAGCAAAGCUGACCUGCACACCUGAGAUGGCCUACGGAGCCACGGGGCACCCGGGGGUCAUCCCUCCCAACGCCACCCUCCUCUUCGACGUGGAGCUGCUCAGGUUGGAGUGAGUCUUCUCGAGGGAGGCACCUGUCGAUAACCAUCCGUUCCUUCUCCCCUUCCCCGCAGCGGGAGAAAUCUUCACUGGAAUCCUCACCUUCCCUGCUCAAGCUGUCAUGUCAGUAGCGCCUGCUGUUCGGUUUCUGAAGCCUUCUCUCUGGUUUUUUAACUUUGUGGUGUCCGUAGUUGCCUUUUAUCAGAAGCUUUGCUUUGGGAAAAAAUGUCUACCGCUGUAACAUUUUCAAGUUGUACAUUUUAUUUACCUUGCAUGUAAUAAAACUUCACGGUGAUGAUUGCAAAUAUAUAUAAAUAUAAAUAUAUAUAUAUAUAUUCCUUAUUGAAAAACCACUGCCUUACUGUACACUUAAACCAA